UGUUCGUACUUUUGGCCCCGACUUGUUUUGUUGUUUCUCCGCUACACACACACACCAAUCCUGGAUGACCCGUUUAUCAACCAUGUUCAACCUCGGGCUUCUAUUUGCUCCUUGUCCUCUGCUAACACUCAGUUCUUGAUCAUUCUCCUCCUUCAGGCCGUUUUCCUCAAAGUAAUCUUCAGUACGCCCGCACUGUGCGCCUGACAAAUAUAUAACGACAUCAGAAACUACUAUUAUGUCCUCCCAGCAAGAAAGCGAAUUAGCAAUGUCAUUACCCAUCUCUGUAAGAAAGAGCGACAGCAGUAUAGAGGAAUCGACUACAGAAUCACCAUACGAAUCACACCUGGAGAAUCUGAAAAAACUGCCGGUACCAUACAGCGAUAUCUACCAUGUUCUCACAUCAUACGACACUAUCCCUAUCGACAUUCUCAGCUCAAGGUUCCGAAAAGCGGCUUCGGAUCUCACAGUGUGGCUUGAAACAGCCAAGUUGGCCGUGCUGGAUCUGAAGGUAGAGGCGCAGCAAAAAAGUGCCAAUGGAAAGCAGGACGUGAGCGAGAUCGACAUGAUCAUGAAUCGAUUCCACCCAAAUAUCGAGAUGAUGGUAGAGCUCAGGGACAAGGUCGGACCAAGAUUAGAGACCUCAGAUACAACACAGGAGCAGCAACUCAGAGGCAAAAACGAAGCAGAAGAACCAGCAUUAACAGGACAAGAGCUGCAACAUACGACAAAGACCAUCCAGUACGGCUGGGGUGCACUCAAGACGAUGUUGGACGAGGUCAAGGGCAUUUUCGCAAGUGCUCAAACUCGCCGGGAGCUGUUAACGCAAAUGGAAAAUGUCCUGGCGGAGGUGGAGAAUAUCGAGUUGACUAUGGACAGACUCCAGGACGAGAGGUCGCGUCAUGUCCAAGGUUCGUCCACGACAGCAGAGAUGCCUUCCAGUCCACCAUAUUCGCUUUCGACAUCACCGCUCGACACGGGUGUCACUAGCUUAGAGGAGACACAGGGAAGGCAACAGCGCAGCACGGAUGCCUUGGCUGAUAUCGACAGUCAAAUCGAGUCCCUGACACCAAGGAUAGGGGCGUUAACAUCUCAACUCGAUGCACUGACCUCCAAAGAUCCCACUCAAGAUGAGCUGCAGGAUCAAUAUCGCGAGCUACUUGGUCUAUGGGAUGACGCCAAAGCACGUCGCGAGAAGAUAGGAGACGAAUUGAAGGAGGAGCGCUGGUUGGCUGUAUUUGAGCAGGUUGCUGGACAAGUCGAGUCGAUGAUGGAGUCGAUGGACAGGGCUAUUGUGCACUGCAAGGGGCUGGUUGACCAGAUCAAGGCGAUGGUGAGGGAAAAGGUCGUGCCAACCGCACCCAUCGACCGUGACCAUCUCUACACGAUCUUCAAGAGCUUUGAGGCCAAGCACAAAUAUUAUGCACCUGCUGUCAACAAGAUGCUCAACAUGCUGGAGAACGGGAUCGACAGUCGCACGACAAAGAACACAGAGAUCCUUCAGAAGCAUCGCAUCAUGAAGACAAAGUGGGAUCAGCUUCGAGACAGUCUUGACCAGGUCGAAUUGGACUUGGAUAGCAUCGAGGAAAUGCUGGACAUUUUGGAUGCGUCCAUUCCAUCGCACAUCCCUACACCUCCAGCGCAGCUCCCGGAAAGGCCGUUGUUUGCGAUGCGACGAUCCCGAACUCAGUCAGAAUGGAGAUCUCCUGAACCACCUGCCUUAUUUCAGCCGCCUCAGCAGGCUCAGCAGGUUCAGCCGGUGCAGCAGCGUGGACGGCGACCUCUGCCAUUGACAUCGUCGCUUCAGUCUCCAGCUGGUUCUCCAAACGAGUCUUUGAGGGCUAGGAAUCGGUCGCCUAUGAACACUCAACGCCACCGUCCUUGGUCACCAGUGCCUUCAAUCACUAGUCUGCCGUCCAUGCUGUCACCAAACACAUAUGUCAACUAUCGAUCGUUGAGUCGAAGCCCAUCACGAUCACCCUCUAGACAAACAUCGGACAAACCGCGCCCAUGGUGUCCAAGCACAAAAACAACAUCGCCUUCUAUCCCUGGAAUCCCACAUUCACCAUCCGCUGCAGCGACAUAUGCCCCACGUUCCCGGUCUUCGAGUCGACAGGAGUAUGAUCCUGAUCCCUCGCGUCCACCUCUCUCUCGCUCAGCAUCUUCGAUGUCCAGGACCAGGAGUACAUCCUGCACGCCCUCACUUAAUGGCGGACCGUCGCAGCUGAAGCCCGUGUUCUCGCCCGUCGGAAGCAUGAGUAAACUGUCUGCGGGAGCUCAGACUGCAAGGUCAACAUCGCCUACACCUGGAUCCGCAGCCAGCGGACGAAAAUCGCAGCUCAAAUUACCACCGCCUGUGGUCACGAAUUCGUUGACCCGAUCCCGACAGAAUUCUGCACCGACCCCGACAUCGGCAACACUGGCGACGACGAUGUCUCAGCGGCGAUCGAGUAGUCCGAUACCGUACGGGCGCGAAGCGCCCUCGGGACAGCGGCAGUCGAUGUUCUCGCCACCACCAACAGUUCGGCAGCGACAGUCGAGUGCUCAGAACGUGGGCGAUGGAAUCCAGAAUCUGCAGCGGAAUCGGAGGACUUCGUUGGAUAACCAUGGGAGACUACAGACAUCGAGGACGACGACGACGGCGGCGGCUUCGGGGGGAUACUUUGCAGAGAGAGUGGGAUCGGUGUAUGGACCAGGGCCUGGGUCGACGACGGGAUCUUCUUCUAGUAUGGGGCUGGAGACGUGUCCUGUACCGCCAUUCGAAGAGCCGGCGAGUCCUUCGACGUCUUCGUCGUCGUCCGUAGGGUCGUUUAGCAGACUGCAACCGUCGCGGUUUCAGCAGUUACAGGAGCAACAACAACAUCAACAUCAACAGCAACAACAUCAGCAACAACAACACCAGCAACAACAACAUCAGCAGCAGCAGCAGGAACAGUCAAAAAAGGCGCAAAACAAGUCUGAGCUACCAGAUUUGCUGGAAAAGGUGAGGGUUCAAGAGAGACCCUCUGCGAGCUAUGUAUCGGUCCGUGGUGAUGAGCUGGACGAAGAAUUUGCGCGGAUCUUGAACGCGAGUCCGAUCCAGAUGCAGGUUCGACGACUCGGGGAGGGGAAGUACUAUUUCGGAGGCAGGGUAGAAGAGCGUGCGCACGGAAGGAUCGUGGCGCUAGGCGGGAAGAUGGUGUUGUGUCGGUUGAUGGAGUACGGACGCUCAUCGUCGCAGGCUGCGGAUGAUUCGCAAACGUCGAGUGGACGAAGCCUGAGCGGCGUUGAGGAAGCGUUGUACAAACAGCAGCAGCAGCAGCAGCAAGGGAUGAACACUUUGAGAAGACCGGAGCCGGCAGCGAGUCGGUCAACACGAAUGCGGGCGAGGUCGUUCAAUAGUCCCGUGUCGUCGUCGAGUUCGGCGCCGGCAGCGAAGGCAGGCAGUGGGAAGAAGAGGAAGGUGAUGGUCCGGGUUGGAGGUGGAUGGCAGGAUUUGGAUAUCUUUUUGUUGGACCAUUGCUCGCUUGCGGAUGAUGCGGCGACCCUUCGCGUCGGCCAUUAGAGCGGUAGCGCGAAACAAUAAUAAUAAAAAAAAGAACCGUG